AUGAACAACGGUAGAUCUAGAAGCUCGAGAGACCGUGACAAAGAUCGCGACCGUGACCGAGAUUACAGACACAGUAGUAGCAACGGUAAUGGCACUAGAGAUAGAGAUAGAUACCAGGAUUCAAGGCGACGCAGAAACAGCCAGUCGGUAUCACCACCUCCUUCAUCUAAGAGAACCCGGCACGAAGAUACCCGAGACCGCGAUAGAGACCGUCGGAGGGGAGGCCGAGACCGAGACCGCGGCCGUGACCGUGACCGUGAUCGUGAUCGUGACCGUGAUCGUGACCGUGACCGUGACCGUGAUCGUGACCGUGACAGAAACAGAGACAGACAAAGAGACAAAGAGCAGGACCGUGCGCGACCAGAAAAAGAUGCAGAUCAAAGAAAACUUGAAAGACAAUCACGAGUGGCCGAAUUCCUAAAGUCCAAGGGACUUAAGGGAGCUUCUAACGGAUCCGAAAGUACAGAAGCAUCACCCUCACAGUCAACCCCACCACCACCAUCAUCAUCAUCAUCAUCAUCAUCAAAACCUUCAGGGGGAAUAGAUAUGGCUGCAACACUUGCACGGAUUCAAGCUCGCAAGGCUCAAGUUUUUCAGCAAAUGGAAGAGGAAAAACAAGGUGGCGCUAAAGAGCGUCAGCGAUCUACAACGCCUCUUACUGGGACUUUAUCUCGACAAGAAACCCCAUCAUCACCUCCAACUGAUUCACCUCAAGAACGAGGAAUUGGUCUCAAAACAGAAAUCCACCCUCUAUUACUUGAGACCAUGGGGAAAACAGCUCUUAAUUCCGUCAAAAUUCAAAGAUCUGGAGGAACAACAGGCGAUAUUAAAGAUAAUCCAUAUCUCUCACACUUGUUGGAUGACUUGGAUGAGCUUGAUCGUGAAGAUGAAGCGGCAGCAAAAGGAGUACCUUCAAAAACAAAACAAACUACUAUAGAUGAAAAAUCAUCAUAUACAGACUCUUCACUUGCAGCACCCGUGGGACCUACUCGCAGACCAGCUAUCCAACUAGGCCAUUUUGUCGAACCUGGAACGUAUAUCCGUCAAGCCGAAGCCAUGCGACAUGCUUUCCUCGAAAAGCUUCGAGCUGAGCGCGAGGCUGAGGAAGCAGCUCGACGACUCAAAGAACAACAAGAAAACGCUGAACGCAAGCUCGAUGCUAGUCUUAGUCGUCCUGUUGAUGGUAUUGCACGUGAACGUGAAAUGAAACCACCUACACCACCGGAAAUUGAAUGGUGGGACCAGCAGCUUUACACAUCAAAUGAAGACCAGGUACACUUUAUGGAUACCAUUGGUGAAACACCCAAAACCUCAACCGAGCAAUCUUUCCCGGAAACAAUCACCCAUUAUAUCCACCACCCAGUACCAAUUGUUCAAGACGGAACGCAAGUCCCGCAACCCGCAUUGAGACUGCAUUUGACUAAGCGCGAGACAAAACGUCUGCGAAAGAAUGCGCGUGCAGAACGGCUCAAGGAACAACAAGACAUGAUUCGUCUAGGUCUUGCACCGGCCCCUCCACCAAAAGUCAAGCUUACCAACCUCAUGUCAGUACUCACCAAUGAAGCCAUUGCGAACCCGACACUGGUAGAAGCCCGCGUGCGUGCAGAAGUGGCAGCACGACGGCGUACUCAUGAGGCUAACAAUGCAGAGCGUAAGCUUACGCGAGAACAACGCGCAGAAAAACUUGUUGCCAAAGAAGAACGUCAUCGCACAGAGCACGGAACAUACAUGGCAGCUUUCCGUACUCGAUGUCCGCUCACAGACCCGCGCCAGCGUUUCAAGGUCGCCAAAAACGCUCAACAGCUGCAUCUUGGCGGCAUUGCGGUGUCAGUACGUGUACGCAAACCUGACCCCAACGCUGCCAAUGCGCUUCCUUUGAGUCCUACUGGUGGCUUUUCUGUCAUUAUUGUGCAGGGCUCGCAGACUGCUAUCAACAAAUACUCUCGUCUACUGUUGAACCGUAUCAACUGGACAGAAUCCGCCCCGCCACGCGAGGAGCCUGAAGAGGAUGAUGUUGAAAUGGAGGACGAUGGCGAUGAUGAUGAAAUCCAGCAGGACCAGGUAACAGGGGACGCCCAACCUUUGUCGAAACGCGCACGCAAAAAGCUUAAGGAGCAACAAAAGAAAGAACAAGAGCUUGUCUCUGUGAACCUCGACCUUAACGCAUGCGAGGAAAUCUGGACCGGCCCAGUAUUGCCUAUUAAUGCAACUAUCCCAGCCCCUCAUUCUAAAAAGUCUAACGUCGUUACAGCUGAUAGUACCAAGACCAUGGCUGCGUCGCCACGUUUGCUCAAAUGGUGUGGUAUUAACGAUAUGGAGACUGAGUUGGAUGCAAAGGACUUGCUUGCAAAGCAUAAUUGCGACAGCUUUUGGGUUCUUGCACAUUCCCUUCAGUAG